CAGAGGGAGGGAGCGAGAGAAGGAGAAAGAGAGGACGAGCGAGAGAACGCGAUGGGUGGGGAAAGGGACCGAAGGAGUGAACGGAUGGGACUGCGCUCAGCACGAGGGCGUGAUGUCAGCAGGGGCUGGGGGGAAGGAGACAGGAGUCUGGCUGGGUGCAGCCUGCACAGUCUGCCUCUGCUUGCCUGCUGCUAUAAAUAACCCAGGAGCAGCUGUGCUGCCCUGCCGCCGCCAGGACAGGAGACACUGAGGAAGCACACCGCACCGGAGAUGCUCCCGUAUUCCAGGGCUGUGCAGUUAUUUUGGAUACGACCAUGUUAAGAAAUCAGUGACUUCGUUCUGAACAUCUUGAGCUGAACUUUCUGGACUAUAUCCAUGGACACAACUUUUCGCUGAAAGGAGAACACUGAGGCCAGUAACUAUGCUGCAGCAGAUUCUGACGAACAUGUUCAUCGAGCCGGAGUUACUGGCAGAGCUGAACGAGGAACAAAAGCAGGUACUGUUCUUUAAGAUGCGAGAAGAGCAGGUGCGGAGGUGGAGAGAGAGAGAGACAGGACUCGAGAAGGAAGAGGCGGGAACAGUUAAACCAAGAAAAGUAUCAGGGAAGACUGUGUCAUGGUUGAAGGGCUCAGACAAUGAUGUCUGGGUGUGGUUGAUGGGUGAGCACCCUGAUGAUAAGCCCUACGACCAGAUCUGUGAUGAGAUCAUGGCAGAAAGAGCAGCAAACCAGGCCCAAAAAGAAGCAAAGGAGUUCAGGGCUAAGAAGGAAGCUGAAAUUGAGAAGCGCUUCUCUGGUUUGUAUGUGGAGCAAGAGGAGACAGACAGGCAGAAGCAGGCCUGUAAGGCUGCAGCCCUGGAGCAGAACAAACAGGUGGAGCUCAAGAGGUAUGAGGCAGAGGAGAGGAGGAAGGCUGAGGAGGAGGUGAGGAGGCUGGAAGACAAGAGGGCCCAGCAGAUCUUCAUGGACCUGAAGGAAGUGCAGCACCAAGGGAAAGGCCAGGACAAGGAGGAGAAAGCCUGGCAGGAUUCCUUGCGGAAAUCCAAAGUGGCUGACCAGCGCCGGCGUUCCUUGGCCAAACAGACGAGGGAGGAUAACCGCAGGCGUUCACUAAAAGCCCUGGAGAGAGGUCGAGUGGCAGCCAUGACCAAAGCAUUUGGAGGACAGACAACUGCCCUCCCACCAAAAGCCAAGCCUCGGAAGCUCACUCUCACUAAUGAACCCAUUGAUCAGAGGCCAAACAUGCGGCACUCUGUGUCAUCCUCAAACCGUGAGGAAAUUAUCCGCUGGUUUAGAGAGCAACAGUUGCCCCUCAGAGUUUGUUUCCAGCAAGACCAGACCUGCAUUGCACCCUGGUUCCAUGGCAUCAUUUCUCUUCAGGAAGCUGAGGAUUUUCUAGGAAGUGUCAGCCCUGGAGGUUUCUUGGUCCGUGUUAGUGAAAGAAUCUUGGGUUACGUUCUCUCUUACCGAAGCCAAGAAGGAUUCAAGCAUUUCCUUAUUGAUGCCGCAGAUAACUGCUACAUGCUGCUAGGAGAUCAGAUCAAGUUCACUUCUCUGGAAGAACUGGUGGAGUACCAUAAGGAUGAGCCAUUAACGGCAUCUGGAGGGGAGCGGCUGCUGAUGGCAUGCGGGCAGAAGCCUGGCAAUCUGGACUACAGCGAGCUCUUCACCUAAGUCUCAGCCAUGUACAUUUGCAUCUUCCAGAGCAACUUACAAAAAUGUUUGGUUGUCUCCAUGGAAGAAAUGCUUAUGCUAGAACACACACACACACAAACGACAUGCAUAUACUUACAUGUAUAUAAAUAUACUG